AUGGAAGUGGGCGUGGCCAAGGGCGAGGACGCCUGGGAGCUGCGUGCUGGUGUCACAAGAGCAGCCAGCCAGCGCACUGCAAGCAAAACACCCAACCAGCCUGACCCCGCUCGCGUUUCCUCAGCAUGCCGUCAACGGAUUGACAAGCAUGGUCACCCGCUCCAUUGCCCGGGGAAAUCUGCGAGGACCUCGGCCAAGGAGGAAAAGUGCUUGUCGGGCCAGUACACCACGGAUGGGAAAUGCUGUAAACAGUGUCCGCCAGGCGAAGGGGUGGUCAAGCCGUGCGGAGCCACGCAGCCCGUCUGCGCACCCUGCCUGGACAGUGAAACCUUUUCGGAAAACUUUAGCCACACCGAACGAUGUCAACCGUGCACCAAGUGCACGGGCCUCUUCCGCAUGGAGACGCCGUGUACGGACUCCAACGACGCCAUCUGCGUGUGCAACUACGGUUUCUACCUUAACGAGCUUUCGCAGAGGUGCGAGCCGUGCACCAAGUGCCCCGUCGGGCAGGGCAUGCUGCUCAGCUGCGAGCCCCACCACGACACGAUGUGCGAGGAGUGCGGCGGCGACACCUACUCGGACCAGGAGAGCUCGCGGGAGCCCUGCAUCCCCUGCACAACCUGCGAGGAGGGUGAAGAGCUGCUGCUGCAGGCCUGCACUGCCGUCACAGAUACCGUUUGUCAGGAGCAAUACCCAUCCAUCUCACCCACGCCGUUCACCGCCGCCUCCACGCCCACCUACGACGACUUCCCCGUGGGCAGCCCCCCGUCCGACGGCCCCACGGACGACGACAUCGGUAGCUCCACCACCGUGGCUGACGUCGACUCGCACGAGCGCAUCUACCACAACCUGAACGACAAGCUGAUCCCUGUUUACUGCUCCGUCCUGGCGGCCAUCGUAGUCGGCCUCGUGGCCUUCGUCGUAUUCAAGAGGUGGAACAGCUGCAAGCAGAACAAGCAGCAGGCCAACAACUGCACGUCCAACCCGAACCAGACGCCGUCGCCCGAAGGCGAGAAGCUACACAGCGACAGCGGGAUCUCUGUGGACAGCCAGAGUCUGCAAGAGCAGUUGGGACAGAACCAAACGCACACAGUGGUGACCCUAGACGAGGACCCCUGCCUACUGCUUCCCCUCCACACCCGCGACAAAGUGGAGCAACUGCUGUUCAACGGUGCCGACGAGGGCGAGACGGAGGACGACUGGCGCAACCUGGCGGGCCUGCUGGGCUACGAGGAGGAGCGCAUCGCCGCUUUCCGCCGGGACGAGCACCCGGUUCGUGCGCUCCUCUCCGACUGGGCGGCCAAGGACUGCGCUAGCGUGGACGCGCUGCGCACGGCCUUAAGAAAAAUCAACCGCAACGACAUCGCCCAGAGCUUGGCGCUAGCUCCCGCUGCCCCGAAACCUACCGCCACCUCAGUUGUGUAA